AUGAAGUAUGCGCACGCCCGCGCGGACGCCGCGCACGGCCACGUCUCGCCGUCCGCGGUCCUGCUCGUCCCCCUCCUCCGCCGCGCCACGCACGCCAUGUCUGGCCACUCGCACUUCUCCUCCACCGCGCACCGCAGCCCCACCUCCACCAGCCCGCUGGCAGCCGUGACCCCGCAGCGCGCCUGCAACCUGCAGGCGGUGUUCAACAAGAUCCUGAACAUGGCGGUGGCGGGCGUGCUGGCCAAGGACCAGAUGGUGCGGCGCGUGUUUGUGCCGAGCGACAUGGAGUUCGACGGACGGCGAGGCGUUAUCUGCCGCCACCACCCGUCCCCGGCUCCGCCGCCCGUCCCUCCCUCCACCGCGCCGCCGCAGCUGGUCCCCGCCUCCACCGCACUGCCGCAGGUGGCCCUGCCUCCACCCCGCCGCCGUCGGGGCCCUUGUCCACUGCGCCCCCCACCAGUCCUCCUCCAAUGGCGCGACCGCCACCGGGCAGUCCUCCCCUGCCCUAGCACCACGGCUGCAGUUGGCAGCACCGCCGCCGGCUCCCGUCUACGCAUCCGCAGCCGCUGGUCACCACUGAAGCCGGGCACCAUCUCCCCCUCUGUCCUCAACCCCCUCUGCCCCACGCCACGGGAUUUUCUCUUCACCUCCAGGAGCACUAUCCGUCCCGUUGCCAUUGCCAUCGUCAUUCGACUACCGCCUCUACGGUCUAGGGCCCGACUGGCGGAGGAGAGGCGAGUGGCGGCGGAGGAGAGGGCAGAGGAGAGGCGACUGGCUGAUGAGAGGACGCAGCAGGUGGUGCAGCAGGCGGUGUUGGCACAAACUAGUCAAUGCUUUGCAAUGUUUGGGGCUUAUUGUACCCAGAAUGGUAUGCCCGCUAUGCAGAUGCCUCAAUCAGGCCAUGGAUCUAAUACUGAUGGAUCUUCACAUGCACGAGGCCCAAGCGACAACAACCUUGGUGGUUCUCCGAAUGUUUGAGAUCGAGUAUGGUUGCCACCUGGAUGCUCUUUGGACUACGACAUGGACAUGAAGGUAUUUGUUGUAGUGCCAAAUCUUACGUAGUGAUGCCAUCUUUGGUCAUUGUGUAUUAUAAGUAUGGGACUAUAUGCUCUGGAACUAUAUGCUAUGGAACUUUGUUUUGGGACUAUAUGCUAUGGAACUUUGUCAUGGGACUAUAUGCUAUGGAACUUUGUUCAUUGUUGCUUAUAUUUGCUAUGGAACUAUGCUUUCCUGUUA